AUGGCAUUGGCACUGCUAGAGGACUGGUGCGGGAUAAUGAGUGUGGAUACUCAGAAGUCACUGAUGGUUAUGGGAAUCCCAGUGGAUUGUGAGGAGGCUGAGAUUCAUGAGGUUCUUCAGGAGAAUCUGAAGUCCCUGGGCAGUUACAGAAUCCUUGGCAAAAUAUUCCGCAAACAGGAUGAUGCCUAUGCCAUCUUAAUAGAGCUGAUGGAGGAUCUAGAUAUCUCAGCAGUCCCCAGUGAGGUGCAGGGAAGGGGUGGCAUGUGGAAAGUGGUCUUUAAAGCCCCUAACCAGGACACCGAAUUUCUUGAAAGACUGAACCUCUUUUUAGAAAAUGAGGGGCAGACGUUAACAAGUAUGUUCCGAGUCCUUGGACAUGAGGGAGUGUCGACAGCCACUGUCCCCUGUAUAUCCCCAGAGUUACUGGCUACUUUGGUGGGACAGGCAAUAGCACAUGCACCUCAGCCACUGCUGCCCAUGAGAUACCGGAAACUGAGAAUUUUCUCAGGCAGUGCUGUUCCUGCCCCAGAGGAAGAGCCCUUUGAAGUCUGGUUGGAACAAGCCAACGAGAUAGUCAAAGAGUGGCCAGUAGCUGAGGCAGAAAAGAAGAGGUGGUUGAUGGAAAGCCUGCGUGGCCCUGCCCUAGACCUCAUGCACAUAGUCCAGGCAGACAAUGAGGCCAUAAGCGUGGAAGAGUGUUUGGAGGCAUUUAAACAAGUGUUUGGAAGCCUGGAGAGCCGCAGGACCUCACAGGUUAAGUAUCUGAAGACCUAUCAGGAGGAAGGCGAGAAAGUCUCUGCCUAUGUGUUACGGUUAGAAACCUUGCUCCGGAAAGCUGUAGAGAAGCGUGCCAUUCCUAGAAAUAUCGCAGACCAGGUGCGCCUGGAACAAGUCAUGGCAGGGGCGAGCCUUAGUGAAAUACUGUGGUGUCGGCUCAGAGAGCUGAAGGAUCAGGGACCGCCUCCCUGCUUCCUUGACCUAAUGAAGGUAAUACGAGAAGAAGAGGAGGAAGAGGCCUCUUUUGAACAUGAGAAUCUUGAGGAUCCAGAUGAAGGGGAAACCUUUGGCCACUGGGUUAAUCCCGGCAACCCCUAA